UCAAGCUGGACUGAUCGUGCUUUAUGUGACAUCAUUAUAUUUCAAAAUGGCGGCGCUGAAGCUGCGAUACUUCCGCAAUAUGGUUCGGGGCUGAGCGCCGGCCGCCGGACCGCAGCUGAUGGAACGUCGCUCCCAGGCCCAAGCUAAAGCCGACGAAGUCAGAGAUGGGGCCGCGCCACCUGUAGUUCAACUAAAUGGCGAGCAGAGCGAUGCGCACGGUUCCGUUCAGGGUCCGUCCCCCUCCCAGAGGGUCCGCGUCCUCGCCAGGGCCAGAGCCGGUACAUACAGCAGCACACCUAAGAUAUUGGAGGACAAAGUUUGGACCGACUUCACAACUCCUGCUGGACAGUGUGUUGGAAAUUCUGAAGUUGUGAAUUUUCAAAACUGUGAAGUAAAAACAAGGUGGUCUUUGUCUGUUCCAACAUAUAAGCACAAUUUGCACUGUUCUAGGUAUGAAGACAGUAAUAGCCUUAAUUCUGAGGACUCGGGUAUUCCUACACUAGAAGUUGGAAAUCCAGAACCCAUCCAUUGUGGUGUGUUAAAUGUCAGAACGAACAACGUUGAUCCAUCCCAGUGUGCUGGAUUUUCAAAUGACAAACUCGGACAAGGUUCAGGUAGUCUCCCACCUGGCAUGUGCUCACCAGCUAUACGACUGGAAAAUGACAACGCAAUACGAAAAUCCUCCACAUUCCCUCGUUCUGGUUAUGACAAUGUGAAGCUCUACAGUCCAUCUGCUAGAGGAGUAAACAAAGCUGAUGAGAUAUCUGUAAGCAGUAUUUCAAGCCUGAGCACAGAACUCUCCACAACCCUGUCUGUUAGCAAUGAGGAUAUAUUAGAUAGUCUGGUGACCAGUGAUUCGAGUGCAAUUGUAACUCUGGAAACUGAUGAGGCACAGUUCACUGACAUCAGUCUAAAUUCUUCCAGAGACACAUACUUCCAAGCAGACAGUUCAUCGGAACAAGAGACCAAAUACAAAAGGUUGGGUACCCUUGCCAGCUUUUUUGCCAGGAAUCUGUUUGCGAAGAAACUCAAAGAUUCCGUACCAUUAGAGCAGAAUGCUCCAAGCUGGAAAUUAUUUGGGAGAAUGCCUGCCAAGGAAAGCCCUCUUAAAGAUUCUAAGAAGAUUCAGCAGGAAUAUGAAGAAGGAUCAAGGAGAGCCCAGAAGUCCCCCUCUCCUAAUCAAUGUGUAAGGAAAAAUCUAGACUUUGAACCCCUUUCCACAACAGCACUAAUUCUUGAGGACAGGCCAGCAAAUCUCCCUGCAAAACCAGCCGAAGAAGCUGAAAAGCAUAGGCAGCAGUAUGCAGAGAUGGUGGCUCAAGUGAAAAAACGAGAACAAAAAGAUGCCCAGCGGCGGAGAAAGCUGUUGGAAGACAGGUGUAAACUGGAGGAUACCAUCGGUAAUGCUGUGAUGACCUGGAAUAAUGAAGUCCUACCCAACUGGGAGACUAUGUGUAAUUCUCGUAAAGUCCGUGAUCUCUGGUGGCAAGGAAUUCCUCCUAGUGUGCGAGGGAAGGUGUGGAGCUUGGCCAUAGGCAAUGAUCUAAACAUUACUCACGAGCUUUAUGAAAUUUGUUUAUCCCGAGCUAAAGACAAAUGUAGAUCUCUCAGUACAGCACACUCCGACAUAGACAAUGAAGAUCAAGGGUUAUCUGCAGCAGACAGGGAAGCCAGUUUAGAACUCAUAAAGUUGGACAUUUCGCGUACAUUUCCUAACCUUUGCAUUUUUCAGCAGGGAGGGCCUUAUUAUGAUAUACUACACAACGUUCUUGGAGCAUACACCUGUUACAGGCCUGAUGUAGGAUACGUUCAGGGAAUGUCUUUCAUUGCUGCUGUGCUGAUUUUGAACUUGGAUACUGCAGAUGCCUUCAUUGCCUUUGCUAAUUUAUUGAACAAACCAUGUCAAAUGGCUUUUUUCCGUGUGGACCACAGCCUUAUAUUGAAAUAUUUUGCAGCGUUUGAGGUGUUCUUUGAAGAAAACCUGCCACGGUUAUUCGCACAUUUCAAGAAAAACAACCUUACCCCAGAUAUUUAUUUAAUUGACUGGAUAUUCACUCUGUACAGUAAAUCCUUCCCUCUGGACCUUGCUUGUCGUGUCUGGGAUGUGUUCUGUCGUGAUGGGGAGGAAUUUCUUUUCCGAACUGCUCUGGGAAUCUUAAAGCUUUAUGAAGAUAUUUUGACGCAAAUGGAUUUUAUCCACAUGGCACAGUUUCUGACCAAGCUCCCUGAAGAAAUGUUGUCAGAGGAUCUGUUUGGAGCCAUCGCAGCCAUUCAGAUGCAGAGUAGAAAUAAAAAGUGGGCUCAGAUUCUCUCAGCAUUGCAAAAGGAUUCGAGAGAGCUGGAUAAAGGAAGUCCUGCUAUGAAGCGAUGACCUGUGUAUUUGAAUGUUUGAAGCCAUGUUGUAGUAAAUUGUGUGUUUGGUUAAAAAAAAAUGAAAAUAAUGACUCAGUUGCAGUGAUGGGUUUCUUACUGCGAUUUACAACAUCGUGUUGUUUGAUAUGAAUGCUGGAGUAAGCCUUAAAAGAAUAUAUUUACAUAAUUUAAAUUGUGGAUGCAGCCUUAAGAAUUUUGCACAGCCUCAUCUCCUAUGUAUCACAGGCCGUUUGUAAAACCAGUUUUAAUCCCAACAGUUGAAAACAAAAUAUUUAUUGUACAUCAAUAUACCAUCAGCAACAUUCUCAGAUAUGUCCAAUGUGAUUUAUAAAUCUUUCAAUUCCAAACAGUGGAAUGUUGUCACUAAAUGUGGUCGUUUGUCUUUCAGCUUUGACUUCCUUUUGUCAUACUAACUUCAAUUAAGUGCAGGGAGCAUCAAAUUUAAACUAUAAAUCCUGUGUUUCCACCUUGUUUCCAGUUCAUUUGAUUUACAUUUAAUAGCUUAUUCCAUUCAACUUCAGUCCAGUUAUUGAAUGUUUGUUGCCCUUCCACUGCCUAUAUUACAUCUUAUUUUGCAUAUAAUUACAGAAUCCCAUGCAUCCUUGCAGUUGACUUAAUUCUGCUGUACUUAAAUGGGACAACACAAUGGCUGCAUCUAUUCAUCACAAGCUGUUUAGAAUCAUACCACUAUAUUUUUUCCAUAAGCUGUGUACUUGAAGUAGAGCUGCUGUCAUUUUGUUGCUAUCCAUGCAAAUACUGAGGUCACAAAACAAUACGAUUUUAGCAGCAAAAAUAAAUUAUCUACGGACAACAAAAUGUAAUACAGUUUCUACUUCAUUAUAAAAUGUUCAGAAUAACUCUGGCCUUACUACACUGCAAUUAAAAAGGUAACUAAAAGUUGUCAUAUGUCAAUGGGUUAAACACUAUUUUUACAGUAAGGAACAAUUGAUGUGUGCAGACAGAAGAUGAAACUGUGUGGUUGUGUACUCAAAAGUGAUAUAUUUCUUGGUAUUCUUUAGCUCAGGGCAUUUUUCUCUAUGAAAUUAAAUGGCUUCAAUGUACCACCAGAAAUUUAAAAGACUAAAAUAUACACUUGCUUUUUAAUAGCUGCUUGAAUUGUAGGUGGUGAUUUCACUUGUAUCUUUUGUGACCUUAUACUAGCACUUUCAUAACAACCUCGUGGAAAAAUCAGAAUAUGGCAUAGAAGUUGGGAAUUUUGGAGUUUGGUUACAAUUAAGGUGACCCAUGCUUGUACAUUUGUGGCCAUUUGUCACAUUAAGCUUAACCCCUGGGUAACUUUUCUACCAUUGCCGCAUCUUAACCAUUCAGUCCUGCACCAAUUUUUGCAUCUCUGUUCUCAGUAGAGGUUAUUUGGAGCACUAACAAUUUUUGUCUAUGUACUUUGUUUCUGUACCUAGCAGUCCACCACCAGCAGACAGAGAGAGCCGAUUCAGCAUAAGCCAUUGUCUCAAUGUGCAACUUUGGAGUCGGUUAACAAACACUGAGGUUCUCCAAACAAUGAGAUAUUUGGAUAAGAUAAAAUAAUCUUGUGCCGUUCUGAAUUCAGCCUGGAUUGUUUUGAGCCAUUGAUACUGGAAUUUCUUACUAUUGCUGCAUGUUGGAGCAAGAUACUGAAUUGUUGACGUGCAAUUUGUUUCACGACGGUUGCUGAUUAGCACAGUCCGGUAACAAUGUGACUUGAUUGAGCUAGCACCAAACAUUUAAAAUGGAUUUUAUUUCAAGUUGUUGGGUUAACUUGCUUUUAGGGUUAUAUGGUUAAUUUGUAAAACAGUUCCAGUUGCAUUCCCACUUAACCUUAAAUUGGGUUUUAUGAUCAGUUUGUUUUUUUUUUGAGCUAUUGAACUUAAUUAUAUUUCUGAAGGAAGAAAAGCUUGAGUUUAAUGAG